AUGUCGAAGCCCGGCAAUGUCAUUGGGCGCUCCUCCCAGGAGAAGCUCCUGCCGGCGAGACAGGCCACUGGCAUCUCUGACCGCAGGUGCCCGACCAAUGUUCUCAACAACAAGAUCUUCAAGUACGUGAUGGCGGUUUCCUUGAUCGUUGCUUUGUUUGGUGGGCCCUUGUUCACCUUGCUGGACAUUCCGGACACCGGCGCCGGCCUGGCCAUCUUAGACCUGGUGAUGGUGCUGGCCACUGUCAUGUUCCUUGUGGAGCUAACGCUGAACUACAUGGCCAGCUAUUGGUAUCGCUGGUCCUUCUUCUUCGCCAUGGACAUCUUGGGCACUGCAUCCAUGGCUCUGGAGAUCUCCUUCCUCAUGGGCGGUGUGGACACGGUCCACGCGGUGGUGCUGCGCUCCGCGCGAGCGGCCAAACUGGGCGCCAGGGCCGGGCGCAUUUUCAAGCUGGUGAUGUGCUGCUUCCGGGCCCCCGAAGGCAGCGACAAGGGGUUCCAGGCCAAAGUGUUGGCCCAGCGCAUUACCACCUCAAUUGCCACCCGAGUCGCUAUGCUCACCAUCUUCCUGAUCGCCAUUCUCCCUUUGCUGGACCUGCCGGUGUACCCCCGCGCGGAUCAGUCCAUGGUGCUGUGGGCGCGGAACUUGGAGGAGGCCUUCGCGACCAACCAGACUCGCUUCGCAGCAGAAACGUCCAGCCUGAUAGCCUUCUACGAGAACAACGACUACGCGCCCUUCGCGCUGGAGGGCUUCAGCUUUCUGCUAGACUCCCCCGUGUCGGCCCCCGCGCGGAUCCGGAACCAGUUGUUGGUAGAGGUCCCCGUUUGCCUCACGGACCGCCCCGCCUGCAAGGAGGGAAUCAAGGCGGGAAUCCUCUUUAACUUCACGGGCGCGAGCCAGAUCUCCGCCAUCAUGGAGGUGGUGCUGGUGGUGGUCAUCGUGCUCGUCAUGAUACUUAUGACCUUCGACCUGGGCCGCGUGCUCAAUGUCAUGAUGGUGCGCCCGCUGGAGAAAAUGUUCAGCGGCCUGCUGAAGAACGCGCAGUCCUUGAUGGACCUUUGCUCCUCGGCAGAGUCCUCGGAUUCGGACGAGGACGACGAGACCCGAUCCACCGAGCUGGAGCUCAUUGAACGCGCCCUGGACAAGCUGGCGCGGAUCGCCAAGCAGGCCCUCAAUAAGAAUGUCAUCAGCAAGGAGGAGAUGGCCAAUAAGAGCGAGUACGAGAAGGCGGUGCUGGUUGAGAUCCUGGGCGCUGAGGUCUCGGACCCGCAGGGCACGCAUUUGACAGCCCCCGACUGGGCGCAGAGUGGGCCGCAGCGGGACAUGGAGUCCAAGCUCCAGACAUGGGAGUUCAAUACGCUGGACCAGGACGAAGCCGGCUUAGAACGUAUGGCCAUGCACAUUUUCUUCGACUCAGAGUUCGGUGUGGCCAGUGAGUUCUGCGAGGACGCCAUCUUCAAGUCCUUCUUCGACGCAGUAAAGCCGCAAUACAAGGAGGUGCCCUACCACUGCUUCGCCCACGCCUGCGAUGUGUUGCACACCGUCUUCCGGUUUUGCGGCCUCACCAACGGCAGGCUCUGGAUGCGCAAGGUGGACCAGUACGCCUUGCUGAUCUCCGCCCUUUGCCAUGACAUGGGCCACGAGGGAAGGACGAACCCCUUCCUGGUGGAGUCCAAGGAUACGCUGGCGAUCACCUACAAUGACAAGUCACCCUUGGAAAACAUGCACUGCGCCAGGCUGUUCACGCUUUGCACGGAUGAGAAGACAAACGCCUUUGGCAAAGCCUCACCGGAGUUGUACAAGGAGGCCCGGAAGGUGGCCGUGGCCGCGAUCCUGCACACGGACAAUGCCAACCACUUCGAGAUGAUCAAAGAUAUUAGCCAAGUCUACGAGGCCCACGAAAAGUGCUGCGAGGACCAAGCAGGAACCAAAGCCGGCAUGCGCUCGGACUACCGGGAUAAGAUCCUGGAAGCCAACCGGCUUCUCUGGCUGGAGCUGUUCCUGCACUUGGCAGACGUGUCAAACCCUCUCAAGCCCUUCGACACCUGCCGUGCGUGGGCGUGGCGGGUCCUUGACGAGUUCUUCCAGCAGGGGGACGCGGAGAAGGCUGCAGGGCUGCCGGUGGGCAUGCUCAACGACCGGGACAAGGUCAACAGACCCGGGUCCCAGCACGGCUUCAUCGUCUUUUUGGUGUCGCCUUUGGUGCGCCAGAGUGUGAAUCUCUUCCCGCAGAUGACCGAGCUGCACAUGCAGAUGACCUACAACUUGGGCCAAUGGCGUGACGCAUGGGUGAAGGAUGCGCAGCCCUCCGCAGAGGACCAGGCCAAGAAGGACGAGGAUAUCUCCAGGUCCAACGAGGUCACGCAGAAGCUUCUUGCCCGGCGCAAUCCACCGGAACCUGCACUGAGCAGGAAGACGCGGACCUUCAACAACCGGGACACCGAGUAG